CCCCCUCCAGCAGCCAGUAAGGUGACAGGUGUGUACCUGCGCUGCUACUGGAUGCCGGCGGCGAGAGGGUUAAGCGCGGGUGUGCGCGUCCUCCGUGGAUACGACAGGGUUACACGGCUUUGAUCGGCAGCAGCAGGAAAUGCAGUGAGUGAGGCUGGAGAAGAGACCUGUGCGGUGUGUGCACCUGCUGCUGUUGCUGCCGGCCCCCCAACCAGGUGUCUGACAUGGAGGAAAUGACAAUUUGGGAACAGUAUACUGUUACACUGAACCGGGACCCUCGCAAAGGGUUCGGUAUUGCUGUCUCUGGAGGCAGAGAUCGUCCCUCUGGAACCGAUGGAGACCACUCUGUCAUUGUAUCGGAUGUUGUCCGUGGAGGGCCUGCUGAUGGUAGAUUACAGACCCGUGACCGCAUUGUAAUGGUGAAUGGUGUUUCAAUGGAGAAUGUGGCCUCAUCCUUUGCUAUCCACUCGUUAAAAGCCUGUGCCAAGAGUGCCAAUGUGACUGUGAAACGUCCAAGAAAAAUUCAGAUUCCUGUGAGCAAUCCAGUGCCUUCACUUUCAACAGGACCCUCUUACAGCUCUCAAACAGCACGCAAUUCAGAACCUGUGUUCUCACAUUCCCCAGACAAAGAUUUGGGUGAUGAACCAGAUUCUCCUGUACCCUGGAGAAGUAUGCGUGAGAGUUCCAGCAGGGAGCACCACGAAAAUACAGCAAGAGGCUAUGAAGGGGACUCUUCCAGUGGACGUAGCUCUGGAGGAUCUUUCACACCAUCCUCCUACCAUGCCAGGUCUCGCAGGACAAGGGGUGUGGGAAGUGAAUCAGGGAAUUACUCAAGGCGGAGGGCUGGAAAAGAGAGACCUGGCUCUGGCAGUGAGACAGGAGGCUCAAGUAGGAAAAAAGAGACUGGUAGUUGGCGGGAGGGCUCUGUAAGUGAGGUAGGAGAGUAUUCAAGGAGAGGAUCUGGUAGUGAAGUGGAGGGAAGAUUUCACAAUGGCCUAGAACUUGUAUCAGGAUUUAAGCGGCUCCCUGCUCAGGAUGUACCAUCUAAACCUGUUAAAACUAUACUGACGAAACGUAUGGAAAACCAAGAAUAUGGUUUGAAGCUGGGUAGUCAAAUCUUCAUUAAACACAUUACAGAGACUGGUCUGGCAGCACAGGAAAAGUCCCUGCAGGAGGGUGACCUUAUUCUCAAGAUAAAUGGUGUGACAAGUGAGAAUAUGUCUUUGGUUGACACUGGCCGACUUAUUGAGAAGUCAAAGGGCAAACUCACCCUUAUUGUUUUGAGAGACAAUCGACAGUUCCUAGUCAACAUUCCACAAGUAAGGGACAGUGACAGUGACGAUAGGAGCUCCAUUCACGAUGAUAUUUCAGAGUUGAGUUCUGAUCAGUCUCCACCUUCUCAGCCUCCCCCACCACCUCCAGGAGAACCCCAUAGGAGCUCAUUAGAGAGCCUGGAAAACCCUGAUGAGAAUCAUCAGUUUAACGGCACAUACUCCUCACCGAUGGAAAAUGUAGUGCUAGAAAAUGGUAAUAGUGUAUCUCACCUGGAUACUGAAUAUAAGGAGGAGCCUGAGCCACAUGCUGAGAGGGAGAAAGAUGAUCUAAGAGUGGGGUAUAGCCCAGAUGCACGCCUGGUUCAGUUCAAAAAGGAGAGAAGUGUUGGACUGCGCCUUGCAGGGGGAAAUGAUGUGGGGAUUUUUGUGGCUGCAGUUCAGGAGGGGAGCCCUGCAGCACAGGAAGGAAUGAAAGAGGGUGACCAGAUUUUACAGGUGAAUGAGACUAGUUUUCACAGCUUAACCCGGGAAGAGGCUGUACAAUAUUUAAUGAGUCUCCCACAGAAUGAAGAUGUUAUAUUACUGACCCAGGGCAAAGAAGACAUCUACAGGAAGAUGAUAAAGUCCAAUGUUGGUGAUUCCUUCUAUAUUCGCACACACUUUGAAUAUGAAGCAGAUACUCCAUCUGGCCUGAGCUUCACCCGCGGUGAGAUCUUUCAUGUGUUGGACACACUUUACCGAGGCAAACUUGGGAGCUGGCUCGCUGUCCGUGUUGGCCGAGAUUUGAAGGAAAUAAAAAAAGGAAUUAUACCAAAUCGAUCUAGGGCAGAGCAGUAUGCUAACUUAGAGAAUGUCCUGAAGCCUCAAUCAUCUUCAGGACCACGUGCUGAAUUUUGGAAGCUCAGAGGCUUGAGGGGGGCCAAAAAGAUAUUGAAGAAAAGUAGAGAGGAUUUGUCUGAAAUAACCAGCAAGGCCAAGUAUCCCCCGUAUGAGAAAGUGGUGUUACGAGAAGCGAGUUUCAAACGUCCUGUUGUAAUCCUGGGUCCUAUCACAGACAUUGCACACCUAAAGCUCUGUGCUGAUUUGCCCCAGGAGUUUGAGACUGCAGAGAGUGUUGCUCGAGAUGACGGACAUUCCAAAGUCAUCAAACUGCAAAUUGUGAGAGAAAUCGCAGAGAGGGAUAAGCAUGCUUUAUUGGAUAUCACACCAACAGCAGUGGAACAUCUGAAUUAUGUACAAUUCUAUCCAAUUGUGGUUUUCUGCAACCCUGAGAACAGACAGGGAGUGAAAGCAAUGCGACAAUGGUUACUCCCCGAAUCCAAGAAGAGCUCGCGGCGUCUGUAUGCACAGGCUGUGAAACUGCGCAAGAACAGUUCCCGUGUUUUUACUGCCACUAUUAACUUGAGUGGAGCAAGUGACUCAUGGCUCCGCAGCCUUAAAGAAAUUAUUCGAACAGAGCAAGCAAGACCAAUAUGGACUAGUGAGGAUAAGGCCGAGACGCCAGUUACUGAGCCACUGUACCUCCUGAAUGAAUCGGCUGUUGGAUCCACAGACUACCUGAGCUGUGACAGCCGGGCGAACAGUGAUUAUGAAGAAACUGAUGCUGAAGGCGGAGCCUACACUGACCAGGAACUGGAGGAGGAGUUCCAAGAGCCUGCACUGGCCCGCUCUUCUGAACCAGUGGUUGAAUAUCAGCCUCCCUAUCACAAUUCACCAUAUGAUUCUUCAUACAACUACAGAGACCAAUCACCUGUUAAAACCUCUUCUUACCAUGGAUCCAACUCACCAUCCAACUCACCAACUGAACCAUCUUAUCCCUACAGAAGUCAUUCACCAUCUCACAACACUUACAGCCCCCCACAGGAGAGAAAGACUGAGACACACUAUGAAUCAAAUCAUGACAUCGGCAACAGCAGAGAAUACGAGCAUGAUGCCCUGCGCAGAAAAUUUAACCGUGCAAGGAGUAAUAGCUCAGAGGAUGAAGAGUAUGGAUGGGGUGGUCCAGCCACUGACCUGUAAACACCAGCAAAGAAACAAUACCAUAUACGUCACAACUGAACUUUCUCUUGGUUCCUACAAAAAAAGAAAGGAAAAAAAAACAUUGCACAAGCAUUCUAUAUUUUAUGUUGAGCCGAUGCUGCUUCGAACAAUGUACCAGGCUUAAUGAGGUUUUUUGUUUUUUUUGUUUUUACUAUACAUGUAAUAAAUUUGCUUUUCUCA